CACGCAAUCACCACCCUACUUCUCCAAUAGAUAUCCUUCCUCCACACUUGUACCAAAUUAGGGGAAAUUUUAAAUUUUAUUAUUCUUUGGAGCUGAACCGAUUGCUUGAUAUCCGCUGUUGAAGAAAACUGAACUUCUUCAGAUAUUUAUUUGCUUCAGGUGAUAUUCGCCUAUAAUCAACCCUAUAUUUGGUUGUUUGGAGGAUUUCUUGGUUGGCGUAUUUGCAUUACUAUUUGGUGCUAAAGGAUCAUCACAAGAAGCUGCGAGUUUCUACUCUCAAAUCUUAAAUUCCUUCCGGUGCAGACAAUUAUAUCACCUGGUUUCCAAUGCAGUCAAUUUGAUUAUUUUCAAGCAUAAUGAUCUGAUUAAGGCACACUGUUUUUGCAUGCAUUCAGUGUGUGUGAGUGAUGUUCAGUGGGCAAAAAGGAUUUCAUGCUCUCAAUAUCUUCAAGUGGAGACAGGCUAGUGCAUCGUUACUGACUACUGGGUUGCUUGAUGAUGUACCACAUGAAAUCGAGUUGUCUGAUUAUCAUAGAGCACCGAGCCCUGGUAGUGAGAGCCCAUCUGGGCUUCUCGAUGGGGAGACCUUGAAUGUCGAGCCAAUUGAUGAUCUGGAUCUGUUCUUUGAGAGGAUUUACACCUAUUACUGUGAGAAAGGCCUUUGGUGCAUUAUCAUCAAGUGGAUGGUUGAGCUUCUUAGCUUGGCCUUCACUAUAUGCUUUUCUGGUUUCUUUCUGCUAUAUGUUGAUUGGAAUGGCCUACGCAAUGCAAAAUGUGGCAUGGAUGCAGUGGAAUCCGGUAUCAAACCUUGCGACCUCUAUGAGGAAGCUUUACAUAAGCAUCCAUUGACUCCUUUCACUCUUUCCAAAGCUAUAAUUGUAGGAUAUUUGGGGAUAUUUUCCAUCUACUGUAUAUUCUGCUUUUUGAGGUUCUUUGCGCAGUUGAAGGAGACUCUUAAGAUCCGUUGGUUUUACUACAAUAGCCUCCAUGUGACAGACAAUGAAAUACAGACAAUGCCAUGGUCGUUGAUUCUUGAAAAGGUUGUUCAAGUACAGCGGACACAGCAGCUAUGUGUGGUCAAGGAUCUUUCUAUGCAUGAUGUGGUGAUGAGAUUGAUGAGGAAGGAGAAUUAUUUGAUUGGCAUGCUAAAUAAAGGAGUACUUGCUUUUCCUAUAUCGCAGUGGCUCCCUGGUUCUUGCGCAACUGGAACUGUUGGUACAGAUGGUGUCAAACUUCGUCUAGUGCUGCCAAAGACUCUUGAAUGGACCUUAAAUUGGUGCAUUCUCCAGAGCAUGUUUGACAGGAACUUCCGUGUUAGAAGUGACUUUGUCUCUGAUCCAAAUACAUUGAGGAAAAGGCUUAUGAUAGUUGGCUUUGCUCUGCUUCUUCUAUCUCCAUUCCUUGUUAUUUUCAUGCUCGUAUAUCUCUUCUUGAGGCAUGCUGAACAGUUUUACAACCAUCCAAGUACAGCAUCAUCGAGGAGAUGGUCAAAUCUCUCUAAGUGGAUAUUCAGGGAAUUCAAUGAGGUUGAUCAUUUGUUUAAGCACCGGAUAAACAGCAGCAUUGUGCAUGCUUCUGAUUACCUAAAACAAUUUCCUUCACCUAUCUUAACUAUUGUGGCAAAGUUCAUAUCAUUUGUUUCUGGUGGCUUUGCUGCUGUGCUCAUAAUAAUUGCGUUCUUAGAGGAAUCUCUCCUGGAAGGCCAUAUAUUUGGGCGAAACUUAUUCUGGUAUGCUGCAGUUUUUGGAACUAUAACUGCUAUAAGCCGUGCUGCAAUGAUGGAUGAGCUUCUUGUCCUUGAUCCACAUGGGGCAAUGUCCCUGGUUGUCGAACAUACGCAUUAUAUGCCAAAAAGAUGGCGCGUGAAAGAGAACACUGAGACAGUGCGGCUCGAGUUUGAGACUCUUUUUCAGUACACAGGAAUGAUGCUGUUGGAGGAGAUGGCCUCAAUCUUUCUCACACCGUAUCUACUUAUGUUUGUUGUCCCUAAGCGGGUGGAUGAUAUCUUAAACUUCAUCAAAGAUUUCACUGUGGACGUUGAAGGCGUGGGCCACGUAUGUAGAUUUAGCCUCUUCGAUUUUAGAAAUCAUGGAAACAAAAGAUAUGGUUCACCGUUUGACUCUACUCGUGAUCAGAGGAGUUCCCAGGGGAAAAUGGAAAAGUCAUUCUUGAGUUCCGUAUGCAGCUUUCAGAUUGCAUAUCCGUCAUGGGAUCCUAAUGAUGAUGGGAAGCAGUUCCUCGCGUCGUUGAAAAUGUUCAGAGAUCAAAAGCUGAGAGGUCAAGGGACAGCAAUCUCUCAGACAACAUCCGGAAUGGCGCAUCAGAAUCCAAAAUUCAGAGGCUUUGGCGCGGGUGAACGGAACGCCAUGUUAUCGAGGGAAAUGCCUUUCAACAAUAUGGGGAACUUCCACCAGUUGGACUCGAUGUGGCUGAUAGAUGCUGAGCAGAAGAAUUUUCCCUACAUUCUGGAGUGGUAUUACACCUCGCACAAUCAUGACAGAGACAGAGACGCAGAUAACUCGAGAGAGAGACCGCCGAGAAGCUACGACCACGAUGAGGAGAACCCGCCUGCUCAAUGGAUGCCGCCCCACUUGACCAACAACUCUUCCAAAUACAAUGACGAAAACUGGGACAACAGCCUGUUUGAGGAUCGCACACAGAGCCAUCUAGAAGCUUCCACAUCGGUCCCCCUCUUCCAAGAAAGUUUGCUGCGGCAGCAGCAUCAUGAGUCCAACGACAUGCAGCACCCUGGCAGGAGCCACUGGUGGGCCAGGACACGGCCACAAGGCCCGGGUCAGGAGACGAGCUUUCUUGAGCCUCCGAACUUCUUCCACGAAGCUUCCACAUCGGUUCCCCUCUUCCAAGAAAGUGUGCAGCAGCAGCAGCAGCAUCAUGAGUCCAGCGACAUGCAACACCCUGGCAGGAGCCACUGGUGGGCGCGGACACAGCCAAAAGGCCCGGGUCAGGAGACGAGCUUUCUUGAGCCUCCGAACUUCUUCCAAGAAGCUUCCAAUGAUGACCUUGACAACUACUCAGACGAGAGAAGUGAUGAGGGACAUCAGCUGGAGUUGGGAAACUCGAGAGGACUGUCGAGGACGUUCGUCAUGGAAGAUUUAGAUGGAGGGAAUUUCAGUCUUCCGUUUGUCGACAUAUACAAGGACCCGUCAGAAGAUUCCGGACCAGGGUGAUUAGGUUUCUUUGGUUUGAAACGAUUGGAACAUGUUAGAGCCUACCUUGAAUCCAAAAUCUCAAAAUUCUUUCUUGUAAAUAAAGAAAGUGUACAGACAUUGGAAUCUAAAGCUUGGUUUUCCCUCUGCUUGAUUCUCAAGGUGAGGGGGAAUGAAUGCUCUAAUCAUUCUCGUACAAUAAAUAUAUAUGCUAUUUAGUAGCCAA